UGAUAGUGCCAAUUCAUUGACAUUAGGCAUACAGUAACUUGGACAAUCGAAUCGUUACCGUCAGAAAAAGGUCUUAUAAGAAAAGUAACCAUGUUCGCUAUCCAGAACAUUGUUAGGCGAGCUCCGCAAAUAUCCAAAGUCGUUGUGAAUCAACGCAGAAAUAUUGUUGCUGUACCACCCAGAUGCAAAGUAUCUAUUGGCGAGUUCAUGGUUCACUCAGCAUUUAUGUGGUUGUCCAUGAUGGGAAUACCACUGUACAUUGCGUGUAAUGUAACGAAGUACAGUGCCGCAAAGGGUUUAGACUAAAUAAAAAUUCCAUGAUUUUAGAUAAAUCCAUAGACAAUAAUUAUGUACUGUGCAUUUAGUACAUGCAUAGAUAAAAUAAAAACCGGUGUUUCGAAUGUAAAUUUUGAAUUGUGAAAGCUACAGAAUUAAACGUGAUUAACACAAGUUUUCUUUUGUAAA